AUGUCUUCGGGAGAAGGAAAACCUCAGCCCAAUGUUCAUGCGACUCCGGCAGGGACGAAUGGCGACCAUUCGUGGGGUAGGUCGAGCACAUGGAAUUGGGAUAGUUACUGGGGAAGAUCUGCCUGGAAUGACUGGAGUGAUUGGAGUUGGCAAGGCUCUACCUGGAGCGGCGCUGGCCGUGAUGAUGGCUGGAGGCGAAGUAGCUGGGAUGCUACAGCAGGCAGUGGCGAGCCUGCCGCGAAGGAAGGCGAAGAUCCUGAUGACCAUGGAUCAGGCGAAGGCCACGGCGCUGGCGAUGGCGCGGCGGCGGCCAGUACUCCGACCCCUACGGCACCUUUCACGACUCCUUCUUCUACACGAUUCACCGGACCUUCGACGGCCCUGCCGAGGGACGGCAAAGGUCCUUCGGAAAGACUUGUCGUGCCAAGCUUCACGGGCGAUGUGGACCACGAGGAUGGCGAUCUCGGCACCUCGGCAAGAUCGUACUUGAGGCAGGUCACUGCCUGGAGAAAGAUGACACGGCUGGCGAAGGAUAAGCAAGCAUUGGUCCUCUACCAGCACCUCUCGAGCAAGGCCUGGGUAGAGGCGGAGAACUUGGACCUGGACAAGCUUGCGACCGACGAUGGCGUGGAGUACUUUAUGCAAUGGGUGAGAGACCGCUACCUCGAUGCGCAGGUCACUCAAGUUGGACGGAGCCUUUCGGAGUUCUUCAGGCGCCUGCGAAAGAAGCCAGGGCAGGCCAUUCGCGACUAUGUCGGGGAGUUCGAUCGUGCUCAUGCUCGUCUCGUUGAGGCUGGCUGUUCUCUUCCUGACAUUGCGGCAGCAUGGGUGUUUGUCGACCGGAUGCAGCUGGAAGAAUCGGCGGAGCUCAACUUACUGGCUUCGGUGGGCAACAUCUACGACCUCCGUCCUCUUCAGCGGGCCGCCAUUGUUCAAGACAGGGCCCUCAGGAAGCCUUGGGAGAACGGAGGCAAGGGCUCUGGCAAGAAUAACAAAGGAGAGUGGUGGAAGAACAGGACCCGAAACGUCUUCCACACCGACUUUGGCGAGGAGAACGACUUCCCCGACGGCAACUACGAUGACCAGGAGGGCGACGACGACGAUGCGCCGGUCCCUGAGGAGGUGGCCGAGGAGCUCUACGAGGCCUACAUGACUCACGAAACCGCGAAGGCAAAGUACAGAGACCUGGCCAAGGCAAGGGGCACGGACGCUGCUAAUCUCAAGAAGAUCUCGGAGGAGAAGCUGAGAUUGGCAAAGGCACGCAGCUUUUGCGCAGGAUGCAAGAGGAAAGGACACUGGCAUCGUGAUGCAGAGUGCCCCCUCAACCAGGCCAAGAAUGGUGGCGGCACGGCGACUUCCACCACGGCGGCGACAAGCGGCUCUGGCAAUGGGCAAGGAAUCAAGAAUUCUUUCAGUGCCAUGUGGUCCAUGAUUUCGGAGGACCUCAUGGCCAUCACCGAUACGGCUUGCUCCAGAUCCGUUGCUGGGGCACCAUGGCUGGAACGUUACCUCCAGGUCCUCGACAAGAAGGGCGGCAAACCUGUCUUCAUCAACGGGAUCGAGAAGUUUAAGUUUGGUGCCUCUAAGGUCUUUGAGUCGUGCUUCUCUGUGGUGAUCGGGUUCACUUUGGGCAAGUAUGUGAUUUUCGUCAAGACUGCCAUUGUAGAGGGUGAUGUUCCUCUCCUUCUGAGCAAGCCUAGCCUAGGAGCUAUGGGGAUGAUCUUCGAUGUAGCGCACAACGUUGCUGAUUUUACGGCCCUCAGCCUGAAGGCUUUUGCCAUUUUGGUGACCGAGACAGGACAUCCAGCGAUCGCUCUGGUCCCGUCAACUACCAAGGUUCACCCUGAGCAGCCCCAUCAGUGGAACGCCGAGGUUUCUGAGAUUCAGAUCGUUCCGCUGAGUCCGCAAUACGAUGCUGCACAUGAGGCGUUCACGUUGCAAGCUCAGCCGCAGUCCAACAACAGUGGGGAGCAUGUCAAUGACACGGACACGAACCUCAGUCAGGACUUCUGGAUUGAGACCAAGCAAAACGAGACCUAUGGUGCCACUCCCUACACGGCCCUACACCCUCUCCUUGCAGUGAUCAUGGAACAGCCUCCGCGCACCCCACCUCGGCCGACGAAGCUAUGGAGCAUGAACAAGACGGAGCUGUUGGAGGAAGCUAUGAGGGAAGGACUCCCAGUCCUCCCCACGUGGAACCUCGAGGAAAUUCGAUCGGUGGUGCGGGAGCACCGGGCCAACAUGGAUUCCCAGAGCCCCGAGGCCAACUUGAAGGGCAUCGGGUCAAUGACGUUGGCACAACUCAGGACCUUGGCGGAGCAGCACGGCAUAGUGGUGCCCGAGAAAGCGACACGUGGACUCCUCAUGCGACUGGUGCGUGCGGAGGUGGAGAACGCCGACGGGAUGAUCGAGACGUCCCGGAACAGCAAUGCCUUCGAGGACCUUCGCAAGUUGGCGAACUACGGUCGGGCCAAGUUCAAGGCGAAGGAGUCCCCCAAGAAGGAAGUCCCGUACUGGAUGGAGCCGGAGAUCAAUUCGAUGGUGUCGAUUGCGGCGGCUUCGAGCUCGGCGGCGGUAGCGACCACGACAAGGCGAGGCUACCAGAAGAACAAGGAUGCGCCGCACAUGCCGGUGGCCAAGGGCAAGGGAAAGAUCGAGGACCCGGACAGGACCACGACGAGACGCAUGGCAACCCAUGCCAACGCGGACAGCCGGCGCAUGGAGCUGGAGCCGGACGAGAUGGCCAAGAAGGAGAUCUACGAUUUGGAGGACGAGAUCUUCUACGACGCCUUCGACGAUGAGUACCACGAUGCCCUGGAGUUUCCCGACCUCGGUGGCAACCACGAGACCGAGCCGAAGGCAUUCCAGGCCUACCCCACAGAGGUCUUCGAGGAUGAGGAAGCGGAGAGCUACCUGUUCUGCGAUGGAGACCAUGUUCGGCGGGAGGUGUACGCCGCCAAGGGCGGGCUUGCCGAUGCCAUGGAAAAGCUCGGCUACAAGGCGAGGCGCUUCGACUUCCCGGAGUGGAAAUUCGAACUCCUCAGCCAUCGACGCCGUCUGUGGCAACUUUACAUUGAGGAGGCCCCUGAUAUCGUGUGGAUUGCACCUCCAUGCACGUUAUGGUCGCCUUUGCAGACUUGGAACAAGGAUCUUGGGGCGCUCGAGGUCUUGUGGACAAGGAGGAGCUACGACCACCGCACGAACCUCUCAAUGACGAGGAGGCUGUACAGAGGGCAGAUGAAGCGGAAGAAAAUCGGAGUUGUCGAACAUCCUUGGACGUCAUCGGCUUGGAAAACGCCGGCUUUCAAAGGACUUGGUGGACACAAUGUUGAUCUUGACCAAUGUGCUUUCGGCAGCACCUUGCCCAACGACGAGGGGAUCGACACCCCCAUACAGAAGAGGACAUGCCUCAAGGUCACCUAUGAGGAGUUGGUCCCGUUGCUCCACAGGAAAUGCCCAGGAGGACAUGUCCACCAACACGUGGUUGGUUCUCUACCUGCUGGAGGCGGGUCACGGGCCAAGGCGGCAGGAGCAUAUCAACCUGGCUUCUGCGCUGAGAUUGCUGAAGCUCUCGACAACGUCUUCCACGAGGGCGAGUGUAUCACCAGCGAAAUUCGAGAGGUCGUGGACCACGUGUUGCUCGAGCACGAGGCAGACCAGGAUAACACCAAUGAUGCGGAGGAGGCCGCCCGAAUGGCUUUGAGCCGGAACGACUUCUCCUUCACCACCCUGGCAAAGAUCGCCAAUCGCAUCGACGCGGCGAAACAUCGUCAUCGUCGUCACAAAAAGGAUGGAAAGUUGGCUGACAACGAGUUCGCCUUCAUAGGGGGACUUUGGCAGUUCGGCGGCAAGCACGGCAUCACGAAGGGGACGAUCCUAUACCCGAACGUCUGCCGGUACCUCAAUGGCUUCUUUCGAGAGCUGGACAUAGUGGAUGGACCUCUUUCUAUCUGGGCAAGAACAUCCAGACAACCGUCCACACCGAUCAUCACAACAUGCGCGGCACCGAGAGCAUCACGGUCACCUUCGGAGACUUUUCUGGAGGAAGAUUGUGGGUCAGCAAAGGAGACCACCAGGAGCUUCAAGGAGAAGAAGUUUGGCAGGUGGACCGGACAGGGAAGAGACUUCCCGGCACAUACGUCUCGACCAAGGAGACCCCUUUCGUUUUUGAUGCCCGUCAGCCACAUUGUACGAGCCAUGGAGUGGAACGCGAUGGUGCCUGACUAUGUAUACUGGGCGCAGCCUUGUCAAUGCGUCCAAGUGUUUGAAGGAGUCCCUCCGGAGCUAUGGCUUUCCUCUUGUACAAGAAAGAACGACCGGCGAGGUCGACUCGAAGAUGCGACCACCGAGGCGCAGUACGAGGCGAACUUUGUGGAAGAACGCCAAACGAGUUGGAGCCUUGGCUACGUGGUCGAUUUUGGCGGCAAGCUCGAUGGCCACAACCGGGUGCGACGAAAGCCUGAGGACCACUGCCCUCUUUGA